AUGCCACCGGAAUGUUUGCGAGUGCUACAAUUCACGUACAGCCCUUCGUUCCCAGGAGACUUCGCUGGUAUACUACACUGUAAAAAACAGUGCAAGAGCACUUAUGCAAUCUGUGCUCACUUCAUCGCGAACCUUUUGGUUUCAUGUUAUGUCGCUACGUGCCAAUCCCCUAUGAAUCUUUCGGGUGAAAGCUCAGAGUACGAUGAGUUCGGCAAUAAAAUCGAAAAAGAGAUGGUAAAUUCUUCCGAAACUACGUUUGAAUCUAUUUCUGACAGAAUUGACCUUUUAAAUAGCGAUGAACCGAUAUACAAGGAACUAAAAUCAAAGGUUUACGACAUAGGUGCCUUUGAGAACGACUACUUUGAUGCGAUCGCUGCAAUACCAGACAGAAUAUUUAAUGUUGUUGUUCUGGGGAGCAGCUCAAGCGGGAAAACAACUUUUAUCGAGCACUUUAAUACACGCGGUGCGUGCGACAGCACCGGAAAUGCGUGUAUCCGUACGCUUUACGAAAAGAAAUUUGGUAUCACCACACGAGUAUCACCUAGCACCAAUUUAUACAGCGAUUCACACGGUAGGUCAAAGAUAGUAACAUUUAUAGACACGCCCGGACACUGCGACUUCAUUCGAUUCAACACGGACUUGUUCAGGUGCACAGACAAUUUUGUUCUCACGGUGAGCAUCACAGAGCCUUAUUCCUUGUACUACGAUUAUAUGCUCAGGAAGAUGAGCGGCAACAUUAUUUUAGUGAUAACAAAGGUUGAUUUGGUCGUUGAUCGCGGUGCAGAGUUCAUAUUGGAGAGAAUAAAAUACUACGAAAGACCAAGUUUUUCACAUACUUUGUUGUCAUCAUCUAAGUUUAAAUUUAUAACAGACGAGUUAGGCAAGGAGAACAUUCGCACGAUUUGCGAGUGUUACGCACAGGGAGUGGUACAAGAAUCGCGAGAAUCAAAUUUUAUUGACAAGUUGGUGUACAAAUCUUUAGAAAAUAGCUACAGCUUGGGAUGUAUUUACUUCAACCGACAAUUGUACAGGCUGCAAAUAGGCAGUACAUUCGAGCAGUGCUCCUCUUCAUUUUUGGUUAAUAUAAGGCACAGUGUUGUUUCUCUGCGUAUGACAAAUCUCAACAUUCCGUUCUACGUAAGAUGUGAGCCACAUAAACCGGAUCAGAGGUUUCAGAAAUUCCCUGUAUCUGUGAUGAUAAAAGUGAAGCUGCUUCCGGUUGAAGAAACGCGGUGCAUAUUCGUCAACAGUCGCAUCAAACUCGUGCAGGCACCGGCGGGUGAAGAACUGGUGGUAAUUGAAGGUCCCGGUGAGCGCUAUCUCGACCAUAUGCUGUGGGAGAUUAGAAAUACUAUGAAUGUUGAUUUCACAGUUGUUUCUGUUUUUUGCACGUACUACGAAUCGUUAGAUUGGGGACAGGGAGCAAAUGUAGAGCAGAAAUGCACACAAAGGAGCAAAGCGCAGAACGGCGAUUCGCCAUCCACAAUUGUAUUAUCGCCGCAGGAAAAUAAAAAGAUAAGAUUAAAGCGGAUAUCAACAUUUGAAUGCUUUUACAGUGCGAAUAACAGUGUUUUACUCCGUGGAGAUAGGGAAAAUAGAAAGAAGCGGUGCAAAGUACUAGACCUGCUCUCCAGAGGUGUUGCAAACAUGGCCGGCAUCGUUAAUCUGAGCAUCGAGCUUGACGCAAACGAAGACGACCAGAAAAUUGCGAGAGAAAUAACAAGUAGCUUUGAGGCACACAGCAGAAUAAUUUACAUUUACACCUACAAAAUUCACGUGGUACUGAAGGAAACGCAUUUGGAAUCGUUUGAGCGCGUUGUUCAGCGCAGGAGAAUCAAGAAAAUACGAAGAACGUACGUAGGUGCACUGGAUGUCUAUCUCGUAGUGGGUACUGUCGAUGCGAUCGAAAGUUUGGGAAUUGAAAGCGAUUUAUCGUUGUGUGGACGUGGUGAGAUCAGAGUUAAUAUGUUAGCUCAUAGAUGUAUACAGCUAAGUGAGCGUAAAGCCAAGAGAGUGCUUAAAUUAACAGAGGAGCUAUUGAACGUAGAGAAUGGAGCUGAGAAAUAGGAAAUCUUAAAUUUGAUCAAACGAUUGAGAUGGUCGUGUUGGUGGCCGUUGACAACGAAUAAAUAAUUUUGUUCUUCUACCG